ACUGCAUUUCGCUAAACCCCUCUCCAAACCAAAAGAAAACAAACACCAUCUUCUCACUACUCUCAUCCACUUCUCCGCAUGAUAAGAACUCGACAAAUAUGUCAGCCGCUUCGAAAUUCUUCCACUUCGGCACCACAGUACUAUUCCGAGCCCCAAGAGCUCCGUCCCCAGUCCCCAACCCCUUUGCUUUCUCGAAAUCCCUCCGGUUAUUCCCCAGGUCCUGUUCCUCCGCUGCGGCCGAUGCAGUCGCCGCCGUAACCUCGGAGGCGCCGCCGCACCACCACCACCCGUGGCCCGAAUGGGUGGCCUUCGUUGACCGAUUGAGCGCCAAGGGUUACUUCGCCCAAAUCCUUCCGGCUGACGAGAGUGAGAGCGUUUACAAGGACAUGAAUCUUUUGAAGGAGGCCUGUUUCAGCUUUGCUCGUGACCGCUAUGAUGUUUUCAAAUCUUUGUCAACGAAAGAUAUUGAGGUGAUUGUGGGCGGUGGAUGUCCUAACUUAUUAAGAAAAGCUGUUAAUUCUGCCAAAAGAUUGAGAUCCUAUGUCAAGCUGGAUGAAGGAAAUGUUUGUAGUGGUUGCAAUCUGCGGGGUUCCUGUGAUAGAGCUUAUGUGAUUUUAAAGGAAUCUGAAGCAGAAGCCCGAACUGUAGAUAUUGUGCGCGUAUUGCUGUUCCACGCGCUGGAUCCACUUGUUAUUUCAGGGGGUGAAAAGCCUGUCAGUGGAGAGCUCGUUGAAUCAUCAGCAAGAAAACUACUGGCUGAGUUGCUUCAGCUCAGUGAAACCUCUCCUGAUCCGGCACUUCCAAAGCCUGCUGCCAGGGUUUCAAAAAAGAAGGAAAGACCAUUGAUUGUGACAAAUGACAGGAUGUCGCAGGAAGUCGAAAUGAAGAGAGGAGAUUGGAUAUGUCCUAACUGCAAUUUUAUGAACUUCUCAAAAAACUUGCGAUGUCUAAAGUGCAAGGAAGAUGGCCCUAGAAGUGCUGGCACACCUGAAGUUGUAAUGAAGCAAGGAGAUUGGGCCUGUCCUGAAUGCAAUUUCAUGAAUUUUUCUAGAAAUAUACGCUGCUUGAAGUGCAAAGCUAAGGGACCAAACAAGGUUGGUGUAGAUGAGGUAGAAAUGAAGAAAGGAGAUUGGAACUGUCCACAGUGUCAGUUCAUGAAUUUUGCUAGCAAUAAGAAGUGUUUGCGUUGUCAGGAGUCACGGCCCAAGAGACAAUUAAACCCCGGAGAGUGGGAAUGUCCUUCAUGUGAUUUCUUGAAUUAUCGGAGAAACAUGGUGUGUCUUAAGUGCGACUGCAAACGACCUAAAGAAGCAGCAAGUAAUGAGUAUGAGGAGCAGAUUUGGAGGAAACCUCGCUAGUUUAUACUGCAUGGAAGUUAUAUCGUAUUAUUUGUGCUUUGCACAAGGUGAGAGCACUUGUUAAGGUGAGCUGUUGUCAGGGGCAGUAAGUUUUGUUUAUUUUAUUGCCUAGCAGGGCCUCUACAACUUUGUUACCAAAAGAACAAAUGGUAACGAAACGCAGAAAAAAGGCCUUCCAGAGAAUAUCCUCAUAUUUAUCACGGU